AUCAGUCUUGAGACUUGAGUCGGUGUGACUGCCAGCCAGCCAAACAUCAGACGAACGAACGAUUCGAACGGGAAAAGAGUGUGCGUUGCAAGCAAGCAAGCAAAGCCUACUUGGUCGACGACGACGACGGGCAGUGAAAAGUGAAGAGCAUCGCAUCAGGAAAAAAAAAUCGAACUGAAGCAAGGUGCGUUUGGAAGUGGUUUAUUCGGAAAAUCCUUCGAGCCAUUCGAGUGAAAAUUGUGUUGUGCGGAGACGGCUCCGCUUUUUUGCGUGUAGAGUAGUUGGAGUAGGCGAAGUUCGCGGAUUUAUAGAUGUGCGCGUAAUAUUUCCGGGAGGAGCAGUUUCAGUAAUAGUAGAGAAGCACGAUUCGCGACCAGACACGGGAAAAAGUUUCACGGGACGACGACGUAAUUACAAAACGGCGAAUUUUAUGCGGCCAAUGUCGGUUCUUUCGCGGAUGAGAUUGUGAAUCGUGCAAGCAAGCCAUGGAGCAUUUUGCAGGGCGACGAUCCCAAGGAAGCAUCAUCGAAGACGGCUACGCCAAGAUGGACUCCACAAUUGCAGUGGAAGGCGAGAAGCGCUCCUUCUAGCUGUGCCGAGAGUUUCUUCUUUCUCCACGGUUCGGAAAAGGGGGAAAAAAAUCAAGCGAGGAAAAUUUGUGAUUUUACAACUUGUGUGCUGAAGAAGAAUCAUCCGUCGUGGAACGAAAAAGUGAACACUGAUCAACCAACCACCACCUAACCGGAAGACACCCUGCGAGGUGGUCCAACCGCAGCCAAGCUGCCACCAUUAGUAGCGGCGACCGCAGGAGCAGCACCGUCCGGCCGGCCAUCGGCAGCAGUCGCCGCGUUCAGGACGACUGUCUCGGCGGCAAUACCAUCAGCCCUCGCGAUAGCAUCAACCAGAAGGGUCAGUGCCGUCGUCGGUGGCGGUGGCGCUGGAAGUGGCGGGGGCCUCGGCGGCGGAAGCGGAGGAGGAGGACGGAGGGGAACCACCAUCUUGAGGAGUAGUGCCAUCGCCAGCGCGAGGAAACGCCGAGUGCUGUUGCGCGCCAAGGUGGCAGCCCAGCAGCUUCGACCGACGCGCACUGGCCCGGAUACACGUUCGGCGAUUCUCAGCAGCAGACGACGACGGCAGCGACGGCGACAGCAGCUGCAGCGCCAGGUCAGAGUCAACGGUACUGGAAGUACGAUUCUUAGCAGCAGCAGUAGCGGAAGCAGCCAGAAUAGCACUUCAGUCAGCGUAGCUCCCGUAUCGAAAAUGGUAGUGGCCUCGACCAGCCAUGGAAGCAGCAGUACUUCGAGUUCGACCAUUUCGAGUCAAUCGCGGAGUUCGCAGCCGAAGCUUCAUCAGGUGGGUGCCGUUGGCACCGGGAUGACCCCGAAAGAGCUGUCGGACAAUGACGAUCUCGCGACCGGCCUGGUGCUGGAUCCGAUCCUGGGCUUUCAGACGCACAAGAUGAACCUCAAGUACCGGCCGCUGCGGGUCAACACCGACCCCAUCAAGGACAUCCUGGAGGAGUUCAUCCGGUCGCAGAACUACGCCCGCUGCUACCAGCAGCUGAUGAAAGGGAACUGGAUCCCGCGAGCGGUGCUCAACAAGAGCAAGCUGGCCCAGAAGCGACUGGAAGCGCACAUAUACCGCUACCUUCGGGUGUUCGAUCGCAACGCGGGAUUCGUGAUAGAGGCGUGCUACCGGUACUCGCUGGAAGGUCAGAAGGGCGCCAAGAUCUGUUCCACGCGCAAGUGGCUGAAGAACGAGAAGAUCGAAUGCUUGGUGGGAUGCAUCGCCGAGCUGACGGAGAAGGAGGAAGACGCGUUGCUGCAGCCGGGCAAGAACGACUUCUCGGUGAUGUACAGCUGUAGGAAGAACUGUGCCCAGCUUUGGUUGGGACCGGCCGCCUACAUCAACCACGACUGCCGAGCGAACUGCAAGUUUGUGGCGACGGGGAGAGAUACGGCAUGCGUCAAGGUGUUAAGGGACAUCGAAAUCGGGGAGGAGAUCACGUGUUUCUACGGGGAGGACUUCUUUGGGGAUAACAAUCGGUACUGCGAGUGUGAAACAUGCGAAAGACGAGGGACGGGCGCGUUUGCGAAGGACAAGAACGGCGAGGAGCAGAGUCCUAAUGGAGUGCGAUACCGGUUGAGAGAAACAGACAAUCGAUUGAACCGGUUAAAGAGCAAGAACAACGCUCUGGACCUGUGUAAAACCAGCAUCGGUAAGAGCGAACCUCCGUCUGCGUUGGCUGCCCUUAGCAUGAAGGAGCUACGCGAAAAGGGAAUGACCAAGUACGACGCAGAGAUGCUACUGGCGCAGCAGAAGCCUUCGUUCGAAGCCGUUCGACCGGACCAAUCGACACAGGAAACGGAUCUGAGCAGUAGCACAACUCCAGCUGAACCUUCCGAUGAGAAGAAAGCGAAAGCAAAGCAUACGCCGGAUGUUACAUCGGAGAAAAUGGCAACACGCUCUUCCCGUCGAUUUCAAACCCCAACCGAAGAGAAGAAGUCCCAACCUGCUGCAGCAGCUACAACGGCCAGCCAUCCGGAGGCGACCACAACGGAGGAAGCAUCCACUCCCGUCCCGUUGAAAGCCACCCGAAGCACGCGACCCCUACGAGAGAACGGCCGCCGAAGGUACAGCAGCAACAGCAGCCUCAAUACGGACAUCUCCAGUGUCCUGUCGUCGACGUCUUCGUUCGUAACGGCCAAGACUUCGGUCCCGACGGCUGCCGAACGGAAGAUGAUGCCUCGCUCGAUGAAGCUCCCUUCCGUAUCGCACGAAGACGUCAUCGUAAUCGACGACGACCACAACAGCAAUCACUCUUUCGCAUCCAAGAGCAGCUGCAGUACCAUCUCGGCCCUCUCGUCCAAGGAACACCUUCAACCGCCAAAGAACAACCACAACACCUGCAGCAGUAGCAACGACAACAACGUCUAUGUGUUCAAUGAUCUCCUUGAAAGUAAUAAUCUAAACGGUUACACGCUAAGAAAUCACCACACCCACCAGCAGGAGCAGAAGCAGCAUCAUCAUCCGCCACAGGAGGAACAACGACAGGAUCCAUGUUCCACCGAAGCACCACCACCGGAAGUUGUGGAACGACCGCCGUCGGUUAAGAGACGUUCCAUCACCGCAGCAAGGCGUUCCAUCACGGAGCACAUCAGUCCCCGCGUGACACGGCGGAAGCAGCGUUUGCUCGGCAUGCAACUGGUAUCCGUGACCGAAGCUACAGCAACUGCGAAAACCUCAUCACUGCCAGACGAAACGGAAAAGCCACAAACCCCAACGAAAACGACGACGACGACGACUACCGAGAGGGCAGAGACUGCUACGGAUCUCACAUCGACAAGCGGUGGCGACGGCGGUGGAAGUAGCGGUGCCAGCGGAGGACUCAGCGAUAGCUCCAACCGGGGCAACCGGCGGAAGCAGAAACUGCAGACCCGGAUUAUGCAAGCGGACGAGCUGGUGGCCCUGCAAAGGCAAGCGGCCGAACUGGAGCGAAUCGCGCGGGCAUCGCUAGGGCGUGUCCCGCGGCGACUCGUACUGGACGACGGCACAAACGAGGCCGAAGAUGAGGACGAUGUGAUCCUGUCGAAAGUAACCAAUUGUGAUGAUACUAAUGAUAAGUUGUUAAGAAGUAGAAACCGGCAUGAAGAUGUUAUCGUUCUAAGCAGCGGCAGCAGCAGUAGCAGUAGUAGUAGUGAAAGUAAUAGUGGUAAAUCUAGUGGUAGGAACAAUGGUAGCGCUAGUGUUAGUAAUGGAAACAGUGAUCGUGUGGGGACCGAGCCGCUAGCUUCGAAGACGGUGAUCGGGUCGCGAAAGCGAAAAGUAUCCAAAAGUGUCAGCGAAUCGGAGAGCAGUUCCAGUUGGGAGAAUAAGGUACCCUUGGAGCAGCGCCUGGUGGAAUCCUGUCUGAGCAACAUACCGAACCAGGAAGCAUUGCUCAAGACUCCGGAGAGACGUUUGAAGCUGACGCUCCGCAUGAAACGGAGUCCGGUGAUCGACGAAAUUAUCGAAUCAGGUACCAGCUUAAGCGAGGACACUUGCAGCACGAAUACCUACAAGCCAGAGUACGAAAUCUUGCGGGUGGAAGGGAUCGCUGAAGGGAGCGACAAAGAGGAAGACGAGGUUGGAGAAGAGGAGGACGAUGAAGAUGAUGAGGAUGAUGAGCUGGACGACGAGUUGACGUACAGCAGUAGCUGCAGUAGUAGGUUAUCGCAGAAACGCAAGAAGCGUCACAAAUCGAAGGAAGCCCGAAGGCAUCGAAAGCGAGUGAAGCGUGAACUCCGUCGUCAUAACCAUCAUCAUCAUCACCAUCACCAUCUUCCGCCGCAGCAGCACCAUCAUCAUCAUCAGCAACAGCAGCCGGUUCAUCCGCCUCAGCACCAGUCGGUUAUACUGCAACCGUCGGCCCUGGGACCGGUAACGGCUGCUGUUACUGCGGCGGCGGCUGCUGCUGCUGCGGCAGCUUCUGCCAGCCAAGUCACACCUCCCAAACGAUCGCCGAUUGCAUUUCCAGCGCCAACCAAACGGCUGCGACUGAUCUUCGGCAACGAAACUCGUACAAUCGACAUUCCACCGACAGCAAAGAUAUCAGCUUCGUCGUCUCCUUCCACGCCUAGCUCCUCACUGCCAUUGUCGCCGGUGGUCAGUUUAACGCCAAAUAGUCAAGGUUCCACUCCGAGCAGCGCCAGCAGCACUUCGGGCAUCAUCGUCAACAACACGCCGGGCGUGAUUGUCAGCCCUACGCGGUCCCUCGGAACGCAAUUCCCCGCAUUCAACGGGUACUCUGUGAGUACCUUCUCUAGAUCUCCGCAAUCGCUGCAGCAAAGCCAACAAUCCCAAACCCAGCAGUCCCAACUCUUCUUCACCAACGCCCUCAAUCCCGUUUCCUUCCUCCAAAACAAUCAUCUCACCCAAAACCAAUUUCAGCACCAUUCACAUCCCCACCACCAUCAUCACCAGCACCAGAACUUGUUCCAGUUCCAACCCCAAUCCACCCCGCUGUCACUUCUUUCUCACCACACAGACCUGACGCAACAGCCCAUUCAGCAGCACAACGUUAUUCAGCACACGGCGCAGUUGCAACAGCAGCAGCAGCAGCAACAACAGCACUCACUGCCGCAAGCCCAAACCCUUCAGAGCCAUCAUCGGUUCGGCGAGUUGAAUCUAACCAACCACCACCACCUCAACAACCAUCAUCAUCACCACCAUCACCUAACGGCGGCUGCGGCAGCGGCAGCAACGGUGUCCAGCAGUGGCUCCACGCCUACCAAGUGCAGUCCGUAUCAGCAGCUGACGGCGCUGACCACGACGCAACCGAGCGUGGCUACGUUCAACUGACCGCUGGGGAUGGGCGGUGGGCAGCGGUAGGAGGAGACGGCGAAGCUGGCGCGAUGGCUUGUGGGCGGGCGGGGCGAACGGGGACGAUAGGCGCGACGGAAGGAGGGGAUGAUGGGUCGAAUGGUUUGCGAUUCGAAGGUGUAGCUUCCAACUUGACUUUGAUGUCCGUGUUAGGGAAGUUCCCGAAGAGACUCGAAACACUCGCACCACGCGCUAAUGCAAUCUAUUCUGAGUUCUUUCAUAGCUUUAUCAACAGGUUUUUCGUCACGCUCAUUCGUGCUAUUGAAGAUAGUAUCCUUUCAUCUGUUCAGUUGAUUUCGUAACUUCCUCUAGCAUGUCCUUUGGCAUCUCUCUAAAUUUAGUCAAGGUGUCUCAUAUCUUUUUUAAAGGUUAUCACUUAUCAGAUCUUCUUUUAAUCAAACGCUUUAAAAGCAUUCGACCUAUUAUCCCGCUUUCCAUCCACCCCGAACUCGUGUCCAAUCGUCAGAUCGAUGUGAAAACCCCCCGUUUGUCGUCCCUUACAGGUAUCGCCAAACAUCGAAACUUUCUACGAGUUCUGCUCAACUCCAGCAACUGCUAGCGAAGGCUGGCGUCAACGCAAUCCCAAAAAAAAUCCCCAUGCACGCGAUCACUGCUUUCGAGUUCCAGAGUUAGUCGUCGGUCUCGGACGAUAUUUGCAAACUAAGCUUUCGAUUUCGGAAAAAAGUUCCCGUUCGUUUCAUUGUAUGGAAAAAAAGUUCUCUUUAUUUUCGAAACAAAAUUGUUAUGGUUUCGUUUGGAAACUGACCCCCUCCCAAUUUUUCCCCAUAUAUGUCGCAAAGUGCGUCCGUACACGCAGUAACUAUAAAUUAUUAUUCGCUAAUUUCCAACUAAAGAGAGAGAGAGAGAAAGCGAGAUCGAGAAUCCCCCUCCCAAGCAUAUAGAUUAAAGUGUAUGUAUAUGUAUGUGUAUUCGGUACGCUUGUGCGUACGAGGUUAGGCUUAAUUAGUUGUCAUUUACAGUUAUAGUUUCAAAAGCAUACAUUCAUAAGCCCAAAAAUGGAAACAAACAAAACAGUAAACAAACAA